AUGUCAAUGUAUACUGGUAUACCCCGACCAGUAGCUGAUCUUUGUGAAAACGAUGAUCUAGCGACAAUGAUUGUCGUUGAUAGUAUGUUUGGAUUCACCACACAUAAGAUGAACGUUCGUUUUCGAGCAAAUCGUCGUUUGUUACCGCAAUGGAAGCUAGCAAUCGAACAAUUUCAACGGCAUCUAGAUUACGAAAAAUGUUUUAAUCAAGUCACAGCCAUUGGAUCGUGGUAUGAGAAUUUACUCGCUCGAAAAAGUGCCGUACAACUAGCGGCGUUCAAAGAACAUCUAUUUCGUUUUCUUCAUCUGUUCAAUGUAAAUUCUGGUGUGACAUUGCAACCGUGCUAUCGAUAUUCAACAGAAAAAUGCGGAGGGAAAAUUGUAGCAACCAAAGCAUGGGCAGUACAUGAUAAGAUCGAAAUGUUAAUUGGUUGUAUAGCUGAAUUAAGCCCAGAAGAAGAACAAGUUUUCCUCAAGCCUGGCGUCAACGAUUUCUCUGUUAUGUAUUCAUGUCGAAAGAAGUGCUCACAACUAUGGCUUGGUCCUGCCGCCUAUAUCAACCAUGAUUGUCGAGCAAAUUGUAAAUUCGUGGCAACAGGCUUAAGUUCGGCUUAUAUACAUGUUCUUCGUCCGAUCGAAGUUGGUGAUGAAAUCACUUGUUGUUACGGAUCGGAUUUCUUCGGUGACAACAAUUCACUUUGUGAAUGUCGUAGUUGCGAAAUGCUUGGUCAAGGUGGUUUCGCGCGAGACAAUUCAGCACUAUCAAAACCAGCAUUAGGGACGGUCGCGUCAUCUUCAACAACAUCUACGACAAAUCAAUCAUCAACGAAUAGAACAAUACUUGUUCCAACACGUCUACGUCAAACUGACAAACGUUUACGAAAGAUCUAUUCAGCGAAUAAUAGUAAUGCGACAAUGAAAGAGAAAAAAGAAACAUCCGAUGUAGAAACUAGUUUCAUACCAGUAAAACAAUUAAUAGUAAAUCAUCGAAAUAGAACGGACCAAUUCAUCUCUCCAAACAACGAUGCAAAAGUGAUGACGAAUAAUACAACAACAGUUACUUCUGAUGAAAAUAAAUGCAAAAAGAAGAAGAUAAUUAUUCGAAAGAAGAAAACAAGUAAUAUUAACACUAGUCUACCCUCUCAACCUUCAUCUGUGAAUCGACUCAUCACUCGUCGACGACCAAGUAGUACACAUUCAUCGUCAUCGAAAUCGCCUGUUACUAUCUCACGAAAUCAACCAACACCAUCCACGGCGACAACUACUUCGUCCGACUCUGCGUUUUUCUCCGAUGGUACGAAUUCCACUUCGCGUUCAUCGACAAUACCUACCAAACAAACGACAGAAUCUACGUCAAACACGACCCAAUCACAAACAAUGGUGAAUCACACUCGUUCAUCACGUUUACGUUCACCUGCGCUAUCUACAUCGUCAUCAUCAUCGUUAUCCUCAUCUUCGCGAACGUACACCGGUGGUCGUCGACGUACUAUUUCUCAAUACUCAUCAUCAUCAGCCUCGUUGACAACACCCACUCAUUCAAAUAAUCCAAAUUUUCUUAUUUGGCGACCGACUCUUCGUUCACUUCGUCAUUCAAGUACAUCUUCAUUUAGUUCAUUAUCAUCACGAACUGAUAGUGAAAACAACGAUCAUCAUCUGAAUAAGAAGGAAGAAGAGAAUCCGAAUUCUCAGCGAAAAAUUGUACCAAAAUUAACAAUCCGUAUGAGACCUGAUCCGAUUCUGUACAAUGAACUGGGCAAGGUGAAUCCAUCGAAAUCUUCUCUCGUUACGAUCAAACUUGAGAAUGGAAAACGAUCAUCUCUCGAUAAUUCAUCAUUGCGUGCGAAUAUGGUGCAAAUCUUUAUUCGACAAACAGAAAACUCAUCGGAACUACUUCUGAUUGAAUUGCAAGGUAAUUUAGAAUAUGCUGCUGGAAAACAAUCCUUAUCCGGUGAACGUCUGGGCUUUCUAUUUUUCACCCAAAAUGAUAUGCCUGUAUGCGUGAUUGGACAACACGUUCUUGAUGGGAAAAUGGUUGAAUUGGAAAAACCAUUGUUCGUCAUGCGGAAACAACAAGAGGAUGGUGCGAACAAUACAAGUUAUCAAGUUGAAUAUGUUAUCAAACGAAAAUUACUCUUCCACAAACGAUCGAAACCAAUUGUGCAUUAUGCAUCGAAAAAAGUCUGA